AUGGCGUCUCCCGACCUGGUGGAAGCUAUUGGAAAGCUUCACAUCAGCGACGAUACGGCCAUCGACGAUAUCCUCUUCCAACAAGGUCCCCGCAAGCGAUUCAAACAAGAUCCAACUAUGUUGAAAGCAGAGCUGGAACAGAAAUUCCUAACUCCAUCCAACAAAUUCUCUUCCGAAUGGCUUAACAAAUUACAGCAAAGAUGGGACAGCCCAGCCGAUCUCACCGAGUUAUUUCGCAUUGCACCCACUCAAACUCGAACAGUUACACGCUUCCAACGUCAAGGUCUCGAGGGCAGGGUGACGGGAUAUAAGAAUGUUACUGUACCUGCAAACAGUGCCACGGCCAAAAACUCGACUUCGCUUAUGCGUAAACCCGGCGGUCGUGCUGACUUUGUGCGUGGAGCUGCUGGUUUCUUCCCCUUUGCACCUGGUGGACUUGAUAGUGUUGAGGCAACCGCUGCUAUGGAAGACCAGAUGUUACGUCCUAGCGCUAUCGGCACUCAGAAUAAGCUAGAACGCGUUAUCAAACUAGGUGCUGAGGGCGGCCUUCUCGAAGUAGCCCCUGGUAUGGAAAGGGGAAUCGAUUUUAGCAAAAAGAAAUCCAAGGUCGAUGAGAAAGAAGCAAAAGCAGUUGAAGCCGAACUUGACCAAGAACCUGAGCAAGGUCCCGAGGCCGAAGAUACCAAUGGACAUGCGGAUACCAAUGGCAUCGAAGAGGAAAUUGACGAGGAAGAUUCGGAAGAUAUCGACACUCUACUUCCUGUCGAAUUCCCAGCUUUAGAGCCACACGGUAACCUUUCAUCAGCUAAAGCAAGAAAAGCUGGCCGAGAAUGGGCACAUAUGGUUGAUAUUAACCGCGAUAUUCCCAACUUUAAAGAGCUUGUCCCGGACAUGGCCAGAGAAUGGCCAUUCGAGCUUGACACGUUCCAGAAAGAAGCUAUAUAUCAUCUCGAGGGCGGCGAUUCUGUAUUUGUCGCCGCGCAUACAUCGGCCGGCAAGACGGUCGUAGCUGAGUAUGCCAUCGCCUUAGCUGCGAGACAUAUGACAAAAGCUAUCUACACGUCACCCAUUAAAGCCCUAAGCAACCAGAAAUUUCGCGAUUUCCGACAGACCUUUGACGAAGUUGGCAUCUUAACAGGAGAUGUCCAGAUCAAUCCCGAGGCAAGUUGUUUAAUUAUGACUACGGAGAUUCUAAGGAGUAUGCUGUACAGGGGUGCCGAUCUAAUUCGAGAUGUCGAAUUUGUCAUUUUUGAUGAGGUUCACUAUGUGAAUGAUUUCGAGCGUGGUGUAGUCUGGGAGGAAGUCAUCAUCAUGCUUCCGGAGCAUGUUUCGCUUAUCCUGCUAUCUGCGACUGUUCCUAAUACGUACGAAUUUGCCUCCUGGGUUGGUAGGACCAAGAAGAAGGAUAUAUACGUCAUCUCAACGCCGAAACGACCUGUUCCUUUAGAACAUUAUCUAUGGGCUGGUAAGAAUAUCUACAAGAUUGUUGACCACGAAAAGAAAUUCCUCGAGAGAGGGUGGAAGGAAGCGGACCAAGCACUGCGAGGAAAAGAUAAAGUUCUCCCAGCGCCAGCUGCUCGCGGCGGUGGCAAUCAACGAGGCAACCAAAGAGGAGGUCCCCAACGCGGCGGCCAACAACGUGGCGGCCAGCGUGGUGGUGGUCAGCAAAGAGGCCGGGGAGGUCCCCCAAGAGCUGGCCAUGCGCCUGGUCAUAUGGGCCGUGCCGGGAGACCAGGAGGCUUUUCGUCUGCCAACCAGGACAAGAACCUAUGGGUUCACCUUGUUCAAUUCCUGAAGAAGUCUACUUUGCUGCCCGCAUGUAUAUUCGUCUUCUCCAAGAGGAGGUGCGAGGAAAAUGCCGACGCAUUAAGCAACCAGGACUUCACGACUGCCCAGGAGAAGAGUCACAUUCACAUGAUUAUUCAGAAGUCGAUAGCACGUCUACGACCCGAGGAUCGAGUCCUACCUCAGAUUAUUCGUCUGCGAGAACUCUUAAGUCGAGGUAUUGCCGUGCACCAUGGCGGUCUAUUGCCAAUCGUCAAGGAAAUUGUUGAGAUUCUAUUUGCUCAGACCUUAGUCAAGGUGCUCUUUGCGACAGAGACUUUUGCCAUGGGUCUGAACCUUCCAACUAGGACUGUAGUUUUUUCCGGUUAUCGAAAGCAUGAUGGUCAUUCGUUUCGAAAUCUUCUUCCGGGAGAGUACACUCAGAUGGCUGGCAGAGCGGGCCGUCGUGGACUUGAUCCCGUUGGGUCCGUCAUUAUUGUGCCUCCUGGAAGUAUGGAUGAAGCGCCACCUGUAGCCGAUCUUCAGAAAAUGAUACUAGACCCGCCUAGCAAGCUGAGGUCCCAGUUCAGAUUGACCUACAAUAUGAUUCUGAACUUGUUGAGAGUGGAGGCGUUGAAGAUCGAAGAAAUGAUUAAGCGCAGCUUCUCCGAGCACGCCACUCAACAACUACUUCCAGAGCAUGAGAAAGCUGUUAAGAUAUCAGAAGCUGAUUUAGCCAAAGUUAAAAGAGAAGCGUGUAAAAUCUGCGAUGAGUCUUUGGAACAAUGCCACCAAGCAUCGAUGAACUACAAGCAACUAACACAGGAACUAUAUAAAGGCCUACUAUCUAUCCCAAUCGGGAAGAAACUUUUUGCACCAUCAAGACUUGUUGUGUGGAAUAAGGACGGUGUACGAACCCCGGGUAUCCUCUUGUCAAACGGUGUUAGCACGAAAACUUUAGGAGGCCAACCAACCGUGCACGUCUUCGAGAUCAAGACUGAGCGCGAGAUCCGUAACUCGACCGAUCUAUUGCCUUUUGUUGAUACAUUCCGACGGCUAUUUUCGCCUCUCCCACGCAACAAAAGAUCCAUAGCUGGGAAGACCGUCCAUGUACCACUUAGUGAUAUCGAAUGUCUAACCGGAAAACUUACUACCGGGAUCGUACCAGACUUUUUCGAACAGGGUGAACCACGCCAGAGAGCAAAAGAACGGAUGUUAGGUAUCUGUAAAACCUGGGAGACCGAUAUGUGGAACGAAAUCAGCUUCGCAAAGAUCAAAAGUUUACAGCUGCAAGAGAUUAUCGAGAAGCGCCGACAGGAAGAAGUAAUGAUCAAAAAUUCCGCUACAACAUACUGUCGGAACUUUCUGAAGCACUUCGCCAUGUGCCAUGAUCAGUGGCUUAUUAAAGAGACCAUUUCGUCCCUCCGUUCAGCUCUCGCAGAUCAAAAUCUACAGCUGCUUCCCGACUACGAACAGCGGAUUCAAGUCCUGAAGGAUCUUUCCUUCAUCGAUGCUGAUACUCGCAUUCAACUCAAGGGCAAAGUUGCCUGCGAAAUCCACUCGGCUGACGAACUCGUCCUCACCGAACUUAUUCUUGACAAUGUCCUCGCGGAUUAUGAGCCAGCCGAGAUAGCUGCUCUCCUCUCCGCCUUCGUAUUCCAGGAGAAGACAGAAUCAGUACCUAACCUUACAGGCAGCUUAGAACGCGGCAUGAAGACAAUCAUUGAGAUCAGCGAGAAGGUCAAUACCGUACAAACGGAACACCAAGUCAUACUGAGCGCAGAUGAUAGCAACGAUUUUGUAUCGCGUCCUCGCUUCGGUCUUAUGGAGGUGGUAUACGAGUGGGCACGCGGCAUGAGCUUCAAAAAUAUUACGGACCUAACGGAUGUACUUGAAGGUACUAUCGUGCGUACCAUCACGCGACUAGACGAGACAUGUCGCGAGGUCAAAAAUGCGGCUAGGAUUAUCGGUGACCCAGAACUAUAUCAGAAGAUGCAGACCGCACAGGAGAUGAUCAAGAGGGAUAUUACUGCCGUUGCUAGCUUGUACAUGUAG